AUGGAGCAAGAGGCUUCUCAGCUAGAAAAGAAACAUGUACACAGUGUCUAUGAAAGCACAGCCGCCUACUUCAGUGAUCUGCAGAGCAAAGCAUGGCCUCGUGUUCGACAGUUUCUACUCGAACAACAGCCAGGAAGCCUCAUCGCUGACAUAGGAUGUGGGACUGGGAAGUAUCUUGGCGUCAACAGCCAGGUGUAUAAUCUGGGCUGCGAUUACUGCGGCCCUUUGGUGGAGAUUGCAAGAAAUAAUGGUUGUGAAGUGAUGAUCUGUGACAACCUUAAUCUUCCUUUUCGGGGCCAGUGCUUAAACGCCAUCAUCUCUGUCGGAGUGAUUCACCAUUUCUCCACUAAGCAAAGACGAAUCAAGGCAAUAAAGGAGAUGGCCAGGCUGCUGGUCCCUGGAGGACAGAUGAUGAUAUACGUCUGGGCCAUGGAACAAAAGACGCGGCGCUUUGAGAAACAAGACGUGUUUGUUCCCUGGGACAGAGCCUUGUGCUCUCAGCUCCUUUCCGAAUCCAAUAAGGCCGGGCUCAGGAACGAUCUCGUGCGUGCUGUAAAACCACAGACUCCGCACGCACCGCACCUGACGGACUCUGAAUACCUUUGCCCUCUUGCCCUUGACCAGAAGCAUCCCCACAGGACUGAGAGCUGCUUACCUGAAGCCUGCUGCGUGAAAAUGUCCGACGAGGAAGAAAACCGGUUUUACAGUGUUCUGGGGCGAUCCUUUCGUGCCUGGUUCUCCUCCAGAUCUUUGGACGAGUCAGCCUUGCGGAAGCCAAACGGGAAGCUGGAGCCUCUGAAGAACAUGGCUGGGUGGAGGAACAGCACUGUAUCCAUCCAGCCGUCAAGGCACUGCAGUUUAGAUUUAGGUUGUCAGGGAGCUUUGCUGAAAGGGCAAAGGUUAGACGACUACGAGGAAGUGUUUAUGAAGCACGUGGCUUGCAAGAAAAUGGAAUGGCUGAGAGCCUCGAGGUCGCUGAGGGACUUCAACGGUGAGCCACCUGUAUUAGCUCAAAAUAAGAAUGGAGAAACCUUGUUUCUGAGUGACCCUGUAGAAAACAGAAGCAACGGCUACAUCUAUCAAGGCAGCGGUCGUUCCCUUUCAGGCAGACAUUUUAGAAGAACGUCAUCUACCGGCUCCAGUGACUCUAUUGUAGAUGCUGCUGUAGCUGUGGAAGAUCAGACGGCUCAUGGACUGGAUACAAAAGCCUUCAUGCGCUAUUACCAUGUUUUUCGGGAAGGGGAGCUGUGCUCUCUGCUGGAAGAAAGUGUGCCUGAGGUUCACGUACUGAGUUCAAGCUACGAUCAUGGGAACUGGUGCAUCAUCGUAGAGAAAACAGAUGUGCCACUGCAAGUGUAA